AUGAACGCAUGCAUCUUCAACUUUGGUCACUGCUUCCUGCCUGAUACGUCAGGAGAAGCGUUGUGUGGCAAUCUGCGUCUCGACGAGAACGAGGAAUGCGACCCAGGCGGAGCGGGUCCCCAUACGUGGGACCCCUGUUGCCGCCGCAAUUGUCGUCUCCGUCCUGGUGCCCAGUGCUCGCCCAUGAAUCAUGCCUGCUGUACUAGUGGUGAGAUCAAAUAA